AUGUUGAGGUUCAGUACACAGGUCACCGAUCACACCGCCUCUCAUCCUCUGUCACCUGACCAGUGUCUCCCUUCUUCAUCUCUUAUCUUCCUCAUCAUCUUCAGCGACUCGCUGUCAGGACUCGCAGAAACAGCACGCCACGGCAACACAGGCCACGGCAACACAGGCCACGGCAACACUGGCCACGGCAACAGAGGCCACGGCAACACAGGCCACGGCAACACAGGCCACGGCAACACAGGCCACGGCAACACAGGCCACGGCAACACUGGCCACGGCAACACUGGCCACGGCAACACAGGCCACGGCAACGCAGGCCACGGCAACGCAGGCCACGGCAACGCAGGCCACGGCAACGCAGGCCACGGCAACGCAGGCCACGGCAACGCAGGCCACGGCAACGCAGGCCACGGUAACAGAGGCCACGGUAACGCAGGCCACGGUAACAGAGGCCACGGUAACAGAGGCCACGGUAACAGAGGCCACGGCAACGCAGGCCACGGUAACGCAGGCCACGGUAACACAGGCCACGGUAACGCAGGCCACGGUAACAGAGGCCACGGCAACGCAGGCCACGGUAACGCAGGCCACGGUAACAGAGGCCACGGCAACAGAGGCCACGGUAACAGAGGCCACGGUAACAGAGGCCACGGUAACAGAGGCCACGGUAACAGAGGCCACGGUAACGCAGGCCACGGUAACGCAGGCCACGGCAACGCAGGCCAUGGUAACUCUGAUAACUCUGGUAACCAGGUCCAGGUCUAG